ACAAGGCAAACCCUGAGCACCAACAAGCAACUCCAAUCAUUCCUUCAAAACACACACACACAACUACCUUACUACCUUAUGUUUCUUCUAUUAAGCUCACAUAGACAACAUGUCCAUGGAUGAUCUUUAUGGUGCAGUGAGGCCACAUCAAACUCAUCAACAAACCAUAUAUGAAUUUGGGUAUCCCAUGGAUGAGAGUACAAGGAUGACAACAAAUGAAAUGGCAUCAAAUUCCGAGAAUUCUCCAUUUUGGGAAUCCAAAGAUAAUUUUCCGAUACAAGAAUUUGGUAUCGAGGAAGGGAAAUCACACGAAAAACUCAAUAUAGUUCGAUGGAAAUCAGGAAAAUCAGUGGAUCCAAGGUUGCUCACUCUGUUGGAAAUUUUCCGGGAACUCUAUAUUGAGCGAAGGGAGUUCUUCAAGAAAAUCUUUCCCGGGCAUCAUGAUGAGUUUAAAGAUGUUUUCAAGAAAGUUAGUGCAAAUUUCUUGAGAAAGGAUCAAAUGGAAGUCCAGACCAUGCAAAGGAGUUUGAGCUUUGGGGCACCCAAACAAGGGGAAGAAUCAGGGUUGAGGCUCCAAAGGUUCAAAGUUAGGACUCCAGAUUUAAGUGGGGCUGGACAAGGAGGCCAAAGCCAGAGCCAGGGUGAUACCAAGUCCACUGUUUCCAAAUAAAGUACUGAAAAAAAAAAAUAAAAAAAAUAAGAUGAACUUUACACUCUUUUGUAGCAUAUAUUUAUUUAUUACAAAAUAUUAUAUAAGUGUAUCGACUUGUAUUUUUUAUUUUAUUUUUUGACACUAUCGACUUGUAUUAACUCUUUUACAUGAAAGCUGUGAAUGUAUUCGGUUUGUACAACAUUAUUUUUAUUUAUUUUUAUAUGCACAGAGAUUAAAAAUAAAUGUAAAAUCUCAAAGAAGCAUGUAAUUUGUAAACAUUAAUGAGUAUUUGAUUACAUAGAGUAUAGCAGGACAGCUGUCCUAACUCAA